AUGCUGCUCUCACAAUUUUUGGCUGGUGUCUUCAUCGUCCUGACUCCCGUCAUAGCCCUCCCACCGGGCUUCUCCUCAAGCAAGGCUCUAGCGUCGCCAUCCUUGUGGCCUCGUGAACUCAGUCCCUUCUCAAAGCGCCAAUCCUGCGUCGAGACCUGCGCGAACGUCUGUUACUGGCAGGAAGACAUUGACGAAGCCGUCUCAAAGGGCUUCAGUCUCCUCGAAUCCGGCCAAACAUUGGGCUCUGGCGACUACCCUCAUGAGUAUAACAACUAUGAGGGUUUUGAUUUCCCCGUCAGCGGCCCGUGGUAUGAGUUCCCGAUCUUGAGCAACUUCGAGGUCUAUUCUGGGGGUAGUCCAGGGGCUGAUCGGGUAAUUUUCAACGAGGAUGGUGCCUACGCCGGUGUCAUAACGCAUAAUGGAGCGAGCGGGGAUGAUUUUGUGGCAUGUGCUGGUGCCAACCCUUGA